AGGGGCGGGGAGACACACAGAGGAGGCCAGCAGAGAACUGAGGCAGGACCAGGCUGGGAAGGCAGGCCCCUGGGGAAUACCUAGGAGUGGUGGGGGGGUUGGGGGCCAGAGUUGGGAAUCUGUACACCCCAACUGCAGCCUUGAGUGCUGCCAGCCAGGUCUGAUGCAGGCAGCCUGGUUCUUGGGGGCCCUGGUGGUCCUCCAGCUCCUUGGAUUUGGCUAUGGGGCUCAGGGGAUCCAGAGAGGGUGGGAGGGGGCCUGGGGAGGCGCUCAGGACGAGGAGCAGGAGAGGGAGGCCCUGAUGUUGAAGCAUCUACAAGAGGCCCUGGGUUUGCCGGCUGGCAGAGGAGAUGCAAAUCCUGAGGGAACCCCAGGAAGCAAAGGAGCCUGGGGGCCAGCUGAGGAGGACCUCCGGGGGGAGGAAGGGGAGGAAGCAGCCCCAAGCUCCAGUCCCAGCCCCUCUCCCACCUCGGAGGACACCAUCACUUACAUCCUGGGCCGCCUGGCCGGCCUGGACGCCAGCCUGCACCAGCUGCACGUCCGCCUGCACGCGCUGGACACCCGCAUGGUCGAGCUGAACCGGGGGCUGCGGCAGCUGCGGGAGGCGGCCGGCGACACCCAAGACGCCCUGCAAGCCCUGCAGGAGUCGCAGAGCCGCGCAGAGCGUGACCAUGGCCGCCUGGAGGGCUGCCUGAAGGGGCUGCGCCUCGGCCACAAGUGCUUCCUCCUCUCGCGCGACUUCGAGGCGCAGGCGGCUGCGCAGGCGCGGUGCGUGGCGCGAGGCGGGAGCCUGGCUCAGCCGGCCGACCGGCAGCAGAUGGAGGCGCUGGGCCGCUACCUACGCGCGGCGCUCGCUCCCUACAACUGGCCGGUGUGGCUGGGCGUGCACGACCGGCGCGCCGAGGGCCUCUACCUCUUCGAGAACGGCCAGCGCGUGUCCUUCUUCGCCUGGCACCGCGCGCCCCGCCCCGAGCCCCGCGCCCCGGCGCCCGCGCUCAGCCCCGACCAGCCCAAUGGCGGCGCGCAGGAGAACUGCGUGGCGCAGGCCUCGGACGACGGCUCGUGGUGGGACCACGACUGCGAGCGGCGCCUCUACUACGUGUGCGAGUUCCCCCUGUAGCCGGGCCCGCAAUAAAGCCUGGAGUCCGGGGGCGCUGCGCUUCUGAUUUGCGGGGGGUGCCGACCAGACUGC